UAUCAAACAAUCGUUUCAAAAUAUUGCGAAUUUGCAGAAAAAUACACUACUUUUGUGACUUAUUCGUUGAAUUUUUGCUGUAUAGAAUAGAGUAGUCUUUAAUUAAUUUUUAUUCGAGUGAUAGAAUGCAAAUUAUGUGAAUUACGAAAUGGGUAAUCAGCUCGUUGGUGUCGCUCCUUCGCAGAUUUUUCCUGUAGAGCACUAUUUAACUCAUCAUCCCAACUUGAGAUUCGAUGGAAACCUCGGAAGCACGAGAUUCUUCAAAGUGGCCAGAGCUGAAUCAAGCGAAGGUUUAAUCGUGGUCAAAGUGUUUGUUAUGCAUGAUUUGUCUCUGCUGCUAAACAAGUAUCAACAGGAAGUCGAAGAAAUAAAGAAUAAACUAUCGUCAUCUCUCAACUGUUUACCUUUUCGAAAAGCCAUUGUAUCUCAUGGCGCUGCUUUUUUGAUGAGAGAAUAUGUGAAAUAUAAUUUAUACGAUCGUAUUAGCACUAGACCAUUUCUAGCUCUUAUUGAAAAGAAAUGGAUCGCUUUUCAGAUACUACUAGCGUUACAUCAUUGUCAUAAAGUUGGAGUUUGUCACGGUGACGUAAAACUAGAGAACAUCAUGGUAACAUCAUGGCAUUGGGUUAUGUUGACUGAUUUUGCCUCGUUUAAACCGACUUAUUUGCCUGACGAUAAUCCGGCCGAUUUUUCAUUUUUUUUCGAUACGUCGCGAAGAAGAACGUGCUACAUUGCACCGGAAAGGUUUGUUAGCAAUCCGGAUAGUAACACGCUUCCUCUACAAGAUGUUGAAAAGAACGAAUUAACUCCAGCUAUGGAUAUUUUCUCCGCUGGGUGCGUUUUAGCCGAGUUAUUCUCAGAUGGAAGACAACUGUUUGAUUUAUCUCAAUUAUUAUCCUAUAGAAAUAACGAAUUCGAACAAGUUCCUCAUAUUUUGAAAACUAUCGAAGAUCCCGCCGUUCAACAAUUGAUUAGUGAUAUGAUACAACGAAACCCAUCGAAAAGACUAUCAGCCGAAUCGUAUUUAGAUAGAGAGAGAGGACGCCUAUUUCCGGAAUAUUUUUACGAUUUUCUUCAAUUAUAUAUGUCAUUAUUUUCCACCAGUUCGCCUACUAUACUUUCUCCGGACGAAAAAAUCGAAAGGCUGUAUCAAGACAACGCUAACGUGAUUAAAUUAUUAGAAGAUAGCGAAGCUAAAGAAAAGAAAAAAAAUUUAGGCGAAGAUUACGAAGAAGGCGAAUGCGAAGCUUUAGUACUGAUUACAACGUUGGUUACGUCUUUCGUAAGGGGUCUGAAAACUUCUUCUUCUAAAUUAAAGGCUUUAGAAAUUCUGUUCACGCUUUCCAAGCAUACGUCCGUUGAAACAAUAUUGGAUAGAAUUAUCCCUUACAUCCUCGAUUUGUUACAAGAUGGAUGUACUAGAGUUUGCAUUUCCGCCAUUCAUACCAUUAAUAAUUGCCUAAAUCUUAUUCAAUCUGUGCCUCCGAGCGAUGCUAAUAUAUUUCCAGAGUACAUUCUGCCAGCGUUGACUCCAAUUUCUCAACAUAAAGAAGUAGCUGUUAGAACUGCUUUAGCCGAAGUAAUCGCGCAAAUAUCGGAGACUUCUAUGAAAUUUUUGGAAUAUACUCAAACAGUCACGUUGGAGAAUCACGAAAUACCUUGUCAUACUUUCGAAAGCGAAGUUGCUACGUUACACGAGAUGAUCAGACAAUGUGUUUCUUCGUUAUUCACUGAUUCGCAAAAUAUCGUGAAACGUACCUUGAUUGAAAACGGUAUCGUUAGACUGUGCACAUUCUUCGGUAAAAUAAAAUCUAACGAAAUUGUCCUAUCGCAUAUGGUAACAUUUCUCAACGAUAAAAACGACAAACAACUGAGAGCAUCGUUUUUUGAUUGUAUUCCCGGAGUAGCUGGAUAUAUUGGAAUAUUUUGCACAGAUAUGCUGAUUCCCUUAUUACUUCAGGGAACGACCGAUUCGGAAGAAUACAUUAUCAGAAAAGCGAUCAAUUCGAUGUCAGCGAUGACCGAAUUGGGUCUUUUUAAAAAGAGCACUUUACUGACUCUAAUCAACGGUACUGCCUGUCUCAUGAUUCAUCCCAAUUUAUGGAUUAGACGAGCUGUAGUUGGCUUCAUAAAGAGAAUCACUCGUAUCCUAUCACCUCUAGAAGUCGAAUGUCACGUAUCUCCGAUAAUCAUAAAAUUCAUGAAACACGCGAUUCACCAAUUAGAUACCGAAAAAUACGUACUGAAUGCUUUGCAACCUCCGAUACCGAGAUUUAUACACGAUAACGUUUAUAAAUCUAACGAUCUGGAGUUAUUUCUCAACACGUUGGAAGCUCGACGUGGUGCCAGGCAAAUGGGUGCCAGAACUGAAGAAAUAUUUUCAUCGUCGUUGAUCCGACAUUCUACUACUUUUCAAGCUCUUUUCCGACGUUUAUGUUCCGAAGGAAUGGACGACACGGUCGAAGACAAGAUACUUUUGAUGGCUGAUCAUUACAAAAAAUUGAAUCAGUAUUACAUCAAUGUUGAAAAACCCUCGGCUCCUACUGGAAAGGUGAAGGUAAUCGAUGUGAGUCAUUUGCAGCAUGGUAUCAAAUUCCAUACGGUGCAUUUUUCGAAAUCUGAUAUUUUAUCGAAAGAUACACGAUCGAAUGUCUCUCACAGAAAACGAUUCGACGAUGGAGGAUCUCAUUUAGUCGGCGGAAUGAACGAAGAAUGGAAACAUAUGUUCGGUAUAAAUAACUCAUCGUCGAAACAAGGCAUUCAUUCGUCAGAUACUUUACACGAAUCCAUUUCGAGUAAAAAAUCCAGCACAUUUUCGGUAGACCAGAGCCUCGAAGCUGAAAGUAUCCAAGAACAUUCAUACGUUCAAUAUCGUUACCCACCUUGUAAGACCGACUUGAAUAAAAUAAUUCGUACGAAACAAGAACAAUACGAAAGUGCCGUCGUAGCUCAAGAUUACCUAGAAAACGCAAUACUUUCGCCCAGCUUGCCUCCUCCCGGUUGGGAAUUCCGUUCAUCUUUAAUAGCUCAUUUACACGAACAUAAAUCGGCCGUGAAUAAACUUGUGACAAUACCCGGAUCAAAUCUAUUUGCUAGUUGCUCCGAUGAUCAAUGCGUGAAACUAUGGGAUUGUAGUAAAAUAGAAGGACGUAAUAUCGCCAAUAAAUCAAAACUAACGUAUAAUACCAAAAGCGGCGGUCUUAAUAGCAUGACUAUCUGUCGCAACAAUCAAUCUUUGGCUGUGUGUAGUAAUUCGGGAAAUGUAUCAGUGCUCAAUAUCGAUUCUGGAGGCAAAAUGUCAACGCUGCAUUCGAGAAAAUUAGAUUUGAAAAAAGAUGGCUGUGCAGUGGAUAUUGCCUAUUUUGAUCCUGGGCAUCAAUCCGUCGUUGUGUAUGUGACGAUGUAUGGUACAAUCGUAGGAUGGGAUCUGCGAGCCUACGAAGACGCUUGGAGAAUUGAUAGUAAAUCCAAACAAGGUGUGAUUACUACAAUGUGCAUGGACUCGUUCCAAAAUUGUUUGAUAUUGGGUACCGGAUGCGGUUAUCACACGUGCAUCGAUUUAAGAUUCAGAUUACCUAUUACUUCAGUCGUUCAUCCGUACAACGCCAGAGUACGUAAAGUGAUCAGACACCCGAAAGAAUCAUCGUGGAUUAUCUCAUCGGUGCAUGGAAAUAACGAAAUAUCCGUUUGGGAUAUGGAAACCGGUUCUCGACAGCUUAAUUUCUGGGCUAAUGAAACUCCCCCUCUUUCCAAACCGACCGAAAAUGGGAACAGCACUUGCGCUUUGUACGCGUAUUAUUCUGAACGUUCGCAUAUUUUGUUAUCUGGUGGAACCGAUCAAAGAAUCAGAAAAUGGUGCUUGAAACCUUUCAUCGACGAAUGCAACGUUGUAAUACCUUCUGCGAAUGAUUAUCCUCAAACUACGUAUAACUAUAGCGAUCGUCUGGUCGAUGGAACUCGUGUGAUAGAAGAACAUUGCCAGUUAUCGGUUCAAAAAGAAAAAUCAAUGGAUAACGAAAGGCAAGGAGUCACGAUGAAUGACACCUCGCAACUGGCUGCCGGACCUGAGCUGCCUUCUUCCGGUCAUCGAGAUACGAUUACCGAUAUAACCAUGUGCCAAACACCAACUCAAUGUUUUCUGGUUACUUCAGCACGCGAUGGUGUCAUCAAAGUGUGGAAGUGAUUAGAAUAUUUUACUCGUCUGUGAUCUUUUUAAUUAUAAUUUAGUUAAUUGUUUUA